UAAUGGAACAACUGCAGGAUCCAGUUAUGCAAGAAGAUGCAAAUAUUAAAGCUAUUAGUGAAGAGUACAGGAAAGCCUUUAUUUUUAUCAAUAAAGGACUGAAUACAGAUGAACUGGGUCAGAAGGAAGAGGCAAGAAGUUACUAUAAGAAAGGGCUUGACCACUUGCUCCGAGGAGUUAGCAUUCCAUCAGAGGGUCCUGCGUGUGUAGGGUCCCAGUGGGAGUCUGCCAGGCAAAUGCAGCAGAAGAUGAGGGAGACCCUGCAAAAUGUUCGUGCUCGCCUCGGCAGUCUAGAGCAAAACACCCCACCUGUAGAAGCAAGUCCUGCUACGAUGGAUGCCCCUCCUGGGGUGCCCAAGUUAUAUCCAUCCAUUCCUUCCAAAGAAAAGCCAGAAAGACCACCUGCCCCUAAUUCUUUGUUUGCACCAAGUCAACCAUCCGCAGCAGAUGGAGGUGUUGCAGCUGUGAGCCAGGGUCAAAUUCCAGCUAUGAGUCCAUCCUCUGGAAAACCUCUCUGUCUGCCAAAUGAAGCACCUCCUGCCUAUACUCCUCAAGCUACCAAUGGCCAUUUUACUGUGUCUUAUGGCACAGACUCUGGAGAGUUUUCUUCUGUAGGUGAGGACUAUUACAACAAGUGUACUCAGCCACCUCCCCUGGAAAACCUGGGAGUGGAUGCAGACGAGCUGAUCUUGAUUCCCCAAGGAGUACAGAUAUUUUUUGUGACUCCUGAUGGGCAGGUUAGUGCUCCUUCAUAUCCCGGAUAUCUACGCAUUGUGAAGUUCUUGGAUACAGAUAGUGAAGCAGCUCAGAAUCGUCCACCUGCAUUUCUUCAGGUUUGUGACUGGUUGUAUCCUCUAAUGUGUAACCAGUCUCCUGUUCUGUGCUGCAGUACUGGAGUCUACAUGUUCCCUGACACAAUGUCCCAGAUACCAGGGUCCUAUGUAGGAGUAGUGCUGUCUUCAGAACUCCCAGCAGCUGACAGAGAGCUGUUCGAGGAUCUCUUAAAACAGAUGUCUGACCUUCGAAUCCAGGUGCCAGGAUCCCAUGAGAGAUUAGGGUUAUCUUCAGAGCUCCCAGCAACUGAGAGAGCGCAUUUUGAAGAUAAAUUUAAACAGAUGUCUGGCCACAAAGUCCAGCCUUCAGAAGCCUCUAGUGAUGCAGUUAACUUGCCUCAGACUGUACAUAUCCAACCACAACCUGAAGGAGCAGAAAAUCAGAAAGAGUUACCAGAGUGGAGCGAGAAGGUUGCCCAUGGUAUCUUGUCAGGUGCAUCUUGGGUAAGCUGGGGCCUAAUGAAAGGAGCAGAAUAUACUGGUAAAGCUAUUCACAAAGGAGCUUCUAAACUGCGAGAACACCUUCAACCAGAAGAAAAACCUGUGGAAGUCAAUCCAGCUGUAGCAAAGGGACUUCAUGUAGCAAAACAGGCUACUGGAGGAGCUGUGAAAGUCAGCCAAUUCUUAGUUGAAGGAGUAUGUUCUAUAGCGAGCUGUGUCGGAAGGGAGCUGGCUCCACAUGUGAAGAAGCAUGGCAGCAAAUUAGUUCCAGAAUCCCUUAGGAAAGAUAAAGAUGGCAAAUCCACUUUUGAUGGUGCUAUGGUUGUAGCAGCAAGUGGAGUUCAAGGGUUUUCAACAGUGUGGCAAGGUUUAGAAAGUGCAGCGAAGUGCAUUGCUAAAAGUGUUUCAACUGAGACUGUAAAAACUGUCAAAUACAAAUAUAAAAACGGAAAAUAUGGAGAUGAGCAGACAACAGACACUCAGUGAAACACAAUAAGUAUGGAGAGGAUGCUGGCCAUGCUACAGAUGAUGCUAUGAAUUCUGCAAUCAAUGUUGGUGUGACAGCAUUUAACAUUGACAAUAUUGGUAUCAAAGCUGUUGUAAAGAGAACUGCAAAGGAAACUGGCCAUGCUGUGCUAGAUGAAUAUAAAGUAUUGGAUAAUGAGAAGAAGGGUAAAAAAUGAAAGCAAUUAAAUAUUUCUCAAAGCCUUACAUUAGAGAUGAAACUUCCUAUUUACAAGUAACUGCAUUGCUCAUCUGCAAUUGAACAUAAAUCACACUGUACUUUCCAAGCAACUGUUACUUAAUUUGACAUGAAAAUGUAAAAAUAGGGAGAGCAUUCGUAGAAGGAAAAAUGAAAGUUGUCAACUCCUUGUUCUGUAUUGAACAAGAAUUUUAAACAACUGGAUCAGGGCUUUAGGCAGCUGGAAGAUUAUGAGUUUGCAGUUCAUAUACUUGCCUCUGUAAGCACUUUUUCAAAAUAAUAUAUGGAAUAAUAGAUUAAUAUAGUAAUACUAUUGUGAAUAUUUUUGUAACACUUUAUAAAGAAGGUGGUGAUACUGAAAAAGUAGGAUUACUAAUUCUGGAACAAGUAGAAUUAUUAGUUUUGGGUUUAUAACGAUCCUUGAGUUAGUUUUACUAACCUAGCCUUGUCUUAUUUAAUAUGCAUUACUAAAAUAAGUAUUGGGUUUCAUUGUUUUAUAGAGAAUUUAUCUUUUCAGCUACCAAACAGCUAAUCUUAUCCAAAGUUCGUGUUAGGAGAAAUGAAAGAUGAACCUCAGGUAACUAGGCAGUUAUUCCCUUUUAAACUUUUUUUUUUCAUCCAGCAUAUAAGUAAACCAAAGAUACCAAGCAUUUCUUUUAAAAGACAGUAUUUACAGAUCUAGAAAAAUGCAUUUUCCGCUUGACUCCAUAAGGAAUAUACAAAGAUUCUUUGAAAUUCAGAUUUUUAUGUAGAGAGGAGAAGUAUGUUUUUGCAUAAAUUAUUUUUUUGUGAAAAUAUUCUGUAGAAUGCACUAGGAACUUCUGUGCAUUCUGUACUUUGCGGGCAAUCCAGAAGGAUUCAGAUUAUAUAUCAUGGCCUCCUAAUGGAAGACAGUAUAUAUUUGAACAAAUAGUUCUAACAGUCAUCAUCUUUAUUCCAUUAAAUUCAUAGUUGCACAAGGGUAUGAAGUCUUUAAAAAGGGUACAAAGGCAAGCCCUUUUAAUGGAGAGAGGUGUGCAGAAUAGAUGCAACUGUGUAGAUUUGCAAUCCUCUUUGUAGCCCAGUGUAAAAUAACUCAGUAUGUCAAAUCCUUGAGAUGCUUUGGCACCACUACUUAUUUAACAGUUCACUAUUGAGUUUUAAAGCUGCUACAUAUUCUAAUAUUGGCUGUACCUGCAACAAACAGAAUGCCAUCAGUUUACAACUUAUCUCCAUUUCAUGUAAAUGGAGAAAAUGACUGAAUGGUUGUUAGCAAGUAAUAUUUGUAUCAGAUUAAAAAAACCACAGUAACAACUGUCUAUUAAAAUGGUAAUAGGUGCACAUUUUGUGGUAGCUGCUGUAGGGUGAGAAAUGUGAAACACAAGGAUCUAACCACUUGAAGUCUAACUUUGAUUUAUGGAAAUAAAGAUGAAAUUAAAAUUGGUUAAUCUGUUCUUGACCUUUUUAUGACAGGAAGCUUCUGUACGGAUCAGUGAGUGGAAAAACUAGGACUUUUGAAGUAAUAAAAUAACAGUACUGGGGUAUGUCUGCAAUACAAACAAGCUCAUCAAUUAAAAUAUUUCAAACUAAAAAAGUCCAUCUAAAGUACACUGCAGCAAUUUCUGUUACUGUAGUCUGCCACUUGCCAGCAUGUGUAACCAGUUAUAGGCUACUAAAACUUCACACUAGCAAAAGCAUUUUUGUUGCUAUGAACUGCAUUUACAAUAGGGAUAUAUUAUUUGGGUCUUCCUUCUCCCACUUUGGUUUUGCGUGUAGCUCAUGCUCUUUUAAAACAACAGUUAAGAUCAAGGUCUUCAAGAGACCAAGAGUAAAAAAAGAUUUAAAUGCCAUCAGUAUCAGGCAAGCAUUGUUGUCCUGCUCAACCUGCUGUUGUUCUGUUCAUGUGUACCCAGUCUUUCAAAAUAGUAUUUAUCUACUUUGAGACUUUCUUUAAUGAUGCCUACCCCAUUUUACACUUUGUAAAGUGAUACAUCCAUGAUCUUCCUUUUUACAUUGUUCCAAAACUUAGUUAAUUCUCACAGCUGAAUAUGAUGCUACCAAACUUACUUUGCUUCAGCUGUGACUAGUUUGGCCCAGGGUAGCAAAUCCAUAGGCUUCUCCCCACUUCCUCUACCAUAUGCAAGUCUUCUCACACUUAGGGCCUUACCUCAGCUCUCCCUUUUAUACACUAAGCUCCCUAAAGCUCAUAUCUUAGGUUUGCUUUCUAUUCACAGCUCGAUUUUGUUUCUUUGGACACUGAACAUCUUUUGAUGUAUGGCAAUCCUAGAAGAAGUCAUAAGACUCCUUACUGUGUACUGCAUAAACUACUACCCUAUUCCUAAUGUAUUCCUAUUUCCAAAUUUAUUCAAAGUCUUUUCUGCUAUAAUAUUGAUGUCGAAUCUUGUCUUGGGAAGAUUACUUUUAAUGACCUCCAAGUCAUUCUAAGCUACUGCUGUCUAUGGCAUUUUCAGCAUUCUGUAGAUAUAAACCACUGUUUUUACCUCAAGUCUAAACCCUUGUAUUUGAAUAGAUUACCCUGGAUUCCAA